UACAGUCCUGGGAAGAUGUAUCUGGAGAGCAAAGGCGGGCCGAUCCCACCAAGGCUGGAGUUGGAACUGAAUCAGACAUCCAGGCCACCUCAGGCCAACGCCUGCUGCCGAGCAGGGGCCGGGCCUGGGGCCGGCCCAGGGGCCGGCCCGCUGACGGAAUGGAAGGAGUUUCCCGGGAUUGCUACUGGGCAGGGAGAGCCCCAGAAAUCCACCCCAGACAGCGCUGCCGGGCGAGAGUGUGAUGUGGCACCAGAGGCCGGUCAGGGAAGGUCCCAUUUCACUUUGCCCAGAUUCUUCAGCUCCAAGUCAAAGGACGAUUGCUGCUCCGAGAAGACACCUUUGCUGAGGACUUCAUCAGAAGAGUUCAGGUAUCCUGAUUUCUGUGUCUCUCUGAAAGUUUCACAGCAUUGCAGUAGUCAGAUGAGUUUAAGGAAGACUUCCUGCCAGUGGUUUUGGAAACCGUGGUUAAGGUUCAACAUUUCUGUUCUGAUCCUGGUGAUAGUCUCGCAGCAUCUUACGAAGUGGUUUCGGAGCCCUAGCUUCCAGAGCCUGGACUUCAACCUGGAUGAGGAACCUUGGGAAACCAACUCGGUAGCCUGGGGUCAGAGUUGGCACUUGGGAAGUCAAGGCACCGGUAUAUCUCCGUCAACUUCCUUCGAGAAGCGGGAUCUGCCGGAGAGCCUGCAGGUCCGACUCAAUUUCCCCAAGCUGAGAAGCUGUUUAGGAAGUCUGAAAGUCAUGGGCCUGUUCAUCUUUGUAGUUGUGUGCUCUGUCCUCUUUAGCAUGUAUCCAGAUCAAGGAAAAUCCUGGCAGAUGCUGACGGUCUCUCCACUGGAAAGCUACACGGCCAACAUCACAGAUGUCGGCGAUGCUGCCCUGCUCACGAUAGAGCUGGUCGGGCCCUUCGCUGCCGAUCUGGCACAGCGUCCGCAGCCUGAGGAACACAUCGUCGUAGAGGUCGCCCAGCCCGAAGGCUUUGGCUCCAGAAGGAGGCGGCCCCAGCAGGUCACCUUCAACUGGACCGUGCUUUUAGAUUCUAGAAGAAAAGAACAAGUUGUUGCCACUAAGACUUUUGAGCUACUUAGCAGAGAGGCCAUUUCAUUGAGCAUCCAUGCUCUGCUCCAGGAAUUCCAAGUGGUCCCCCUUUCUGUGACUUACCAGUACCUGCGGGCAAGCAUUGAGACCCAAGUGACUGUUGCCUCUCUCAUCCUUGCAGGCGUCUACGUGCUGAUCAUAUUUGAGAUCGUGCACAGAACUCUGGCCGCCCUGCUUGGCUCCCUAGCUGCCUUGACUGCUCUAGCUGUGGUGGGCGAUAGGCCGAGCCUGGUUCGAGUGGUGGAGUGGAUUGAUUUUGAGACGCUGGCACUGCUGUUUGGCAUGAUGAUCUUAGUGGCUGUGUUUUCAGAAACUGGUUUUUUCGACUAUUGUGCUGUAAAGGCUUAUCGACUUUCCAGGGGCAGAAUAUGGUCCAUGAUCAUCAUCCUGUGCCUCAUCGCGGCGAUCCUUUCUGCAUUUUUAGACAACGUUACAACGAUGCUUCUCUUCACCCCGGUCACCAUAAGGUUAUGCGAAGUACUCAACCUGGACCCGAGACACGUCCUGAUCGCAGAAGUAAUAUUCACGAACAUCGGGGGUGCAGCCACAGCGGUGGGAGACCCACCUAACGUGAUUAUUGUUUCCAACCAGGAGUUGAGGAAGAUGGGGCUGGAAUUUGCAGGAUUUACAGCUCACAUGUUCAUUGGGAUUUGCCUGGUUCUGCUGGUCUCCUUCCCUUUCCUCAGGUUCCUUUACUGGAACAAAAAGCUUUACAACAAGGAGCCGAGUGAGAUUGUUGAACUGAAGCAUGAAAUCCAGGUGUGGAAGCUGACGACCCAGCGUGUCAACCCUGCUAGUCGGGAGGAGACUGCUGUGAAGUGCCUCCUCAUGCAGAAAGUGCAGGCUCUGGAGUUCCUCCUGAAGAGAAAGCUCAAAACAUUUCAGAGACAAAUAUCUCAGGAAGAUAAAAACUGGGAGGUAACCAUCCAGGAGCUCCAAAAGAAGCACAGAAUAGUGGACAAAAUCCUUCUCGUCAAAUGCCUGAUGGUGCUGGGAUUUGUUAUCUUCGUUUUCUUUCUAAAUUCGUUCGUGCCUGCCAUACAUCUAGAUCUAGGAUGGAUUGCUAUUUUAGGAGCCCUGUGGCUGCUGGUGUUGGCUGACACCCAUGAUUUCGAGAUGAUUCUCCACAGAGUGGAAUGGGCCACCCUUCUGUUCUUUGCUGCAUUAUUUGUCCUCAUGGAGGCUUUGGCAAACCUUCACUUAAUUGACUAUAUUGGAGAGCAGACUGCGCUGCUGAUAAAGGGUGUCCCUGAAGAACAGCGCCUUGCAGUUGCCAUCGUGCUAGUUGUUUGGGUCUCUGCCCUGGCCUCCUCCCUGAUUGACAACAUUCCAUUCACUGCCACCAUGAUUCCCGUGCUUCUCAACUUGAGCCAAGAUCCAGGUGUUGAUCUGCCUGCAAAGCCACUGAUCUUUGCUCUGGCCAUGGGAGCCUGUCUAGGAGGCAAUGGGACCCUGAUUGGCGCCUCAGCAAAUGUUGUUUGUGCCGGAAUUGCGGAACAACACGGCUACGGCUUCUCUUUCAUGGAAUUUUUCAGACUUGGCUUCCCAAUGAUGCUAGUUUCCUGCACUGUUGGAAUGUGCUAUCUCCUCGUGGCCCAUGUGCUUGUUGGCUGGAACUCAUAAUUGCUGUCACAGAGUACCACACUGCUCCCCAGAGUGUUCCCAAAUGACUCUUUGAGGAUAAACGGGCUUCUUUGGGAGCGUCUUCAUGGCCUCACCUCCAUGAAGCCGUUUCUGGUCUUGCAUCAUGCUACCUUUUCAAAGAAUUGGAAGUCUAUCAGUGCCCUGCCCACAUAGUUCACUGAAACACCAUCCCAAGAGGAGAAAGAUAAGCCCCAAGCACAUAUCCACCUGAUCUUUGGGGAGAAGACACCACUUAGAACAGCAGAUUUUCAGUUUGUUCAUUUGUCUUCUUGGGUGUAACAUUUCCUGUCAGAGUAUUGACUACUUUGGUGCUUUAACCUACUUCAGAUUUGUCCUGGGAAAGCUUUGUGGGUUUUAAGAUAGCAAUGUCUAUGAACAUAAAAUAAAUCACAUACAGUGAGAUA